AUGGAGUCACCGGAUACUUUCACACUCCUACCUCUUGAGAUGGACCCCAAUACCACUGAGAUCACCGCAUCCCAGAGCCUUAGCAACGCCCUCGAGACCGAGCUAGCCGCUCUGAACAAUCUGCACAGAAACCUGCUUCAAGUCGAGACACCCACAGGCACGCCCCCACCACCUGUUCCCGUCAACCCCAAGCGUUCCGCUCAAAUCAAUAAGCUGCGCGAGUCGGGCAACGCCGAGUUCAGAAAAGGAAAGCCCGAGGAGGCAGGCAAGCUCUAUACUCUCGCGGUCGAUAUGGCGCUCGCUCGCCCGGCAUGGGAACCCUCAGGUCUAGUGAGAGAAGAGGUCUCCGGGCUGCUGAGCAACCGCGCACAGGCAAAUAUGGCUCUUAAGAACUGGGCAGAGGGCGCCGUGGACGCAGAGGCUAGCGUGGAGAUGAAGAAGGUCGGCAAUGCAAAGGCCUGGUGGAGGCGGGGCAAGUGUCUGCUCGAGAUGGGCAGAUUGGACGAAGCGGCGCAAUGGGUCAAGCAGGGCCUGGAAUUCGAGGCUACAGAGCAAGAUCUCGUGAACCUGAAGGACGAAAUUGAGAGGAAGCAGAGAGGCGAACCUUAG